AUGAAUGGAAGUAAUUUGUUGUCUACAACUGAUUACACCCCACCUUUACCUCAUGUUCGUAGAGCUAUGCCUAGGAGACCUGCAACUAAAAGGAAAAGGGAUGCAACAGAAACCCUAAACCAGUCAAGUAGAAAAUCAAAGACAACUACCCAAACACCCAACAAAGGUAAGGAGCCGGUGAAGGUAUCCAAGGCUGUCAAUGAUGGAGGAGCAGUAAAUGAUGGUGCAGAAGCAGUCAAUGAGGUGCAUGUGCAACAAGACUAUGAUGAGGUGGAACUCACUCCUUUGGAGUUUGAUGCAUCAGCUAAUGGAGAACCUAGUCAGGUUCAUGUGCAAGAACAAGAGGCUAGAGAAACACCACUUGCAACCUUCUUGAAGAAAAUCAAGAGGAAGAAAUCUGAAAGGAUUAUCAAGUUGAAACUGGGCAAGAAAGUUGGUGGAAAUGAUGCACUUGGGAAUUUAGAAGCUAAACUUGUUACUCUAGAAUAA